AAAAACUAGUAGGUAAUGUUUGGUUAGAAACAGUAUUUUUCUUCUUCUUAUUGGGUACAUAUAUUAUAAUUAAAUUAUAAAACAAUAUAUACGCAGAGAGAAGAGAAUGGGUUCAUGUGUUUCAUCACAUAAAAAAAGAAUGAAAAAUAAUAGUGGUAGUAAAUCAGAUAUUGUUAGUAUUAAAAAUAAUAAUCAUGAUGAUGAUGAUGAUAAUAAUGUUAUGAUGAUGAUCCCGCCUUCUCCGAUCAAAGAAAAAGUUGAUCAAGUUAAGCCUCAGUGGGUCCCUCCGCUUCAUUCAUCUGCUCAUUCACGUGAUUUUGGAAGUAAAGAGAUGUUUUUCGACUCCCAAGCAUGGUUAGACUCUGACUGUGAAUCUGAUUUCAUGAGUGUAAAUGGAGAAUUUACCCCAUCAAGAGGCAAUACUCCCGUGCACCAUAACUUCUCAACCGGAACCCCAAUAAUAAAGGGUGGUGCACCUACAGUUGAUGACCACAAACCAUCUAUGACGACCCCAUCUGAUCCAUCUCCAACUCUCAUAAAGAAGAAAAAGAGGCUUUCUGAUCUUUUCAGUGAAAGCAUAAGAGAGAACCAUUAUAAUGAUGAUGAUGAUGACGAAAACGAAGAACCAGCCAAAGAUAAUGAGGUGGCAAAGAGACCUGAAGCAGCUGCAGUUCAUGGUGGUGGGUUAAAGCAAAAGAGGGAAAGGUGGGCGGAGAUUGUUCAUGUGAACGGCUGCUUACCUAGGGCGCUUUCUAGUUGUAGGCCUGUAAAUACUCAACACAUGGAAGCAAGAAAAAAUAAGCCCGAUCCCAAGCCUUGACAGUGCCUGUGAUGCUCUAUAAUGAACAAGUUCUUGGACUCCCAGUCGUGAAUGUAUAGCAAUGAGAAGUUCUAUAUCGGAUAUCCAAUUAUUAUGUAAAGCCAAGUAAACUGUAGUAAUUUUUCUUUGGGAUUUGAACAUAAAUAUGCAUAUCUGAGUUGUAGCUGAGGUUGUGUUUCAGGCGGGUUUGAGUACAUUGUACUGAAUGCAUAUUUCAGUUCAUCUUUCUUAAACUUAUAAAUACAAACUUAAAAGAAUGUUUUCUCA